CUCCUCAAAAUCCGACGGUCAGCAAAAACCCUAACCCCCAACUCAUUUGCUAGAGCUCUUUCACUGACUACUCUCAUCGCAAAACUCUCUCACUGCAAUCCGCGGCGAGAGAGCUACCGCAUCAGCUACUAGCAUCCUUAGUGUAUUGUUGAGAAUUUGUGAUGGGUAAAGAGAAGGUUCACAUUAACAUUGUGGUUAUCGGCCAUGUCGACUCUGGAAAGUCGACCACCACCGGCCACUUGAUCUACAAGCUUGGUGGCAUUGACAAGCGUGUGAUUGAGAGGUUUGAGAAGGAGGCUGCUGAGAUGAACAAGAGGUCGUUCAAGUAUGCCUGGGUGCUUGACAAACUCAAGGCUGAGCGGGAGCGUGGUAUCACAAUUGAUAUCGCCUUGUGGAAGUUUGAGACCACCAAGUACUACUGCACGGUCAUCGACGCACCCGGUCAUCGUGACUUCAUCAAGAACAUGAUCACCGGUACCUCACAGGCCGAUUGUGCUGUCCUGAUCAUUGACUCCACCACUGGUGGUUUUGAAGCUGGUAUCUCCAAGGAUGGUCAGACUCGUGAGCAUGCUUUGCUGGCUUUCACUCUUGGUGUCAAGCAAAUGAUCUGUUGCUGCAACAAGAUGGAUGCCACCACACCGAAAUACUCCAAGGCCAGAUUUGAUGAAAUUGUUAAGGAAGUCUCGUCCUACCUCAAGAAGGUUGGUUACAACCCUGACAAAAUCCCAUUUGUCCCCAUCUCUGGUUUUGAGGGAGACAACAUGAUUGAGAGAUCCACCAACCUUGAUUGGUACAAGGGCCCGACCCUUCUUGAGGCCCUUGACCAGAUCAACGAACCCAAGAGACCCACAGACAAGCCCCUUCGUCUCCCACUUCAGGAUGUGUACAAGAUUGGUGGUAUUGGUACUGUGCCCGUGGGUCGUGUGGAGACCGGUGUUCUCAAGCCCGGUAUGGUCGUCACCUUCGGCCCCUCUGGUCUAACCACUGAAGUCAAGUCUGUCGAGAUGCAUCAUGAGUCCAUGCCAGAAGCUGUCCCCGGGGACAAUGUCGGGUUCAACGUAAAGAACGUCGCUGUGAAGGAUCUGAAGCGUGGUUUUGUGGCAUCCAACUCAAAGGACGACCCUGCUAAGGAAGCUGCGAACUUCACGUCUCAAGUUAUCAUCAUGAACCACCCCGGCCAGAUUGGUAACGGCUAUGCUCCGGUGCUGGACUGCCACACCUCCCACAUUGCUGUGAAGUUUGCUGAGCUUGUCACCAAGAUUGACAGACGGUCGGGCAAGGAGAUUGAGAAGGAGCCCAAAUUCUUGAAGAACGGUGACGCCGGAUUUGUGAAGAUGCUUCCGACCAAGCCCAUGGUGGUGGAGACUUUCUCCGAGUACCCGCCUCUCGGCCGUUUUGCAGUUCGUGAUAUGCGGCAGACUGUUGCUGUAGGCGUUAUCAAGAGUGUGGAGAAGAAAGACCCGUCCGGUGCUAAGGUGACCAAGGCUGCUGCCAAGAAGGGCGCCAAAUGAUGAUCAAAUACAGCUAGGUUCACAGUUUUGUUUUUGUGAAUCGGUUUUGUGGAUAUAAUUUGCUUUGGCGAAAGCAUUUUGGAUUCUGGCUGGACUAGUUUUGCAUUUCAUGCAUUACGAUUGAUACCAGCAUUUCUCGAGAGAAAUAUGAAUAAUUUUUGCCGCUUGUA